AAUACAUUAAAAACUUAAUAAAUUUAGUUAUGAAGAGUGAAAGAAUUUUCAUGACCAUUUCAGCUACACAGAUACAGAUCUGUGAAAGUCAGAGUUAGUAUGUGAAGCUGUGAUUGUCCUUAUCAAUCUACUCCGAUGGACAUUAAGGGUACUGUAACAACUCCGGAAGCCAUGUAGAAUGUUGGGGGGAUGGUGGUGAUUAUGAGAUGUCUCAAUAUGGAGUUCUCAAUGGGCUGCAAAAGGAGGCUAGCCUGGGAUUGUUGAAUCUGAAAGUCCACCAGAGUUUGCUGCAUCUGUUUGCUGCCUGAGAAGCUCCACUGUACCCUGGUGCAUCUUCCUCCCUUUUCCUGCUGGGACUCCUGGGCCUUUCUCCUCUCCACUCUUUCCUUUUCCAGACUGUCUGCAGUGUUCAUCCUCCAGGCCCUGUGCUUAUGGUCCGAUGCAGCACUGGCUUGCAGGAUGUCCUGGAACAUGUUAUCCCGAGUCCUCUUCUUCCUCCACCUUAUGUGGCUCCGCAGGUGUGGAGGGCCACAAUGGCAACAGCUGAAGAUAAAACACACCGAGGUACUAUUGCUGGUGCAUUCAUUACAGAAAGUGAAACAAUGUUGAACUUGCUCCCCAAAAGUUUUAAGCACUACAGUCUCACUUCUGCUUGGGAUUUCUUGUGCCUGGCACCAAUCACUGCACCAGCCAUGGGAGAAGUGGUGCAUUGGUUGGCUUGUGCUCUAUAUGUUGCUUGUCGUAAAAGCAUACUUCCCACUGUUGGAAGCGGUCUUAUGGAAGGAAACUGCGUUUCACUGACUAGGAUACUACGGUCAGCCAAACUAAGUUUAAUUCAGUUUUUUAGUAAAAUGAAGAAGUGGAUGGACAUGUCAGACCUGCCGCAGGAAUUUCGGGAGCGAAUGGAGAGGCUAGAGAGAAACUUUGAAGUAUCGACUGUCAUUUUCAGAAAGUUUGAACCAAUAUUUUUGGAUGUAUUUCAAAACCCUUACGAAGAAACACCUAAACCACAAAGGAGCAGAAAACAGAGAAGGAAGUGCAGUGUUAAAGAACUGUUCAACUUCUGCUGGACACUCUUUGUUUACACCAAGGGUAAUUUCCGUAUGAUUGGAGAUGAUUUAGUAAAUUCCUAUCAUUUGCUUCUGUGCUGCCUGGACCUGAUUUUUGCAAAUGCCCUUUUGUACCCAGAUAGGAGAGAGUUGCUAAAUCCAUCAUUCAAAGGUUUACCAGCAGACUUUCACACUGCUGAAGUCAAGGCCUCUGAAGAGCCUCCGUGCAUCAUUGCCACACUUUGUGAACUACAUGAUGGACUUAUGGUAGAAGCCAAAGGAAUAAAGGAACACUACUUUAAACCAUACAUUUCAAAGCUCUUUGAUAGGAAGAUUUUAAAAGGAGACUGCCUCUUGGAUUUUUGCAGCUUUGCAGAUAACAACAAAGCAUUGAAUAAGGAGUAUGAAGAGUAUGUUUUAUCAGUGGGUGACUUUGAUGAGAGGGUUUUCUUAGGAGCAGAUGCAGAAGAAGAAAUUGGAACGCCCCGAAAGUUUGCUGUUGACAUGCCAGUGGGGAAAACAACAACAAGAGCUCAUGUGGAGUGUCAUCUUCAGCAGCAUUUUGAAAAGAAAAGAUCAUUUGCACCUUCUACACCACUGACAGGAAGGAGAUACCUGAGAGAGAAGGAAGCGGUAAUCACUCCUGUUGCUUCAGCAACACAAAGUGUGAGCCGGUUACAGAGCAUUGUGGCUGGGUUAAAAAAUGCACCAAGUGAACAGCUUAUAGCUAUCUUUGAGUCUUGUGUACGCAACCCUAUGGAAAGCAUCAUGAAUCGAGUUAAAGAAAUAGGUGAGGCUUUCUGUCGGAGUUAUACUCGGUCAACAGAUGACCAGCCAGGAUCUCACAUAGAUUUUGCUGUUAACAGACUAAAACUGGCAGAGAUUUUGUAUUAUAAAAUUUUGGAGACGAUAGUGGUACAAGAAACACGAAGAUUGCAUGGGAAGGAUAUGACAGCUCUCUUGGAGCAAGAUAUUUUCCAUCGUUCCCUGAUAGCAUGUUGUUUGGAGAUUGUGCUAUUUGCAUAUAGCUCACUGCGAACUUUCCCUUGGAUUAUUGAGGUUCUUGAUCUCCAACCAUUCUAUUUUUAUAAGGUGAUUGAAGUAUUGAUUCGGUCUGAGGAAGGACUCUCCAGAGACAUGGUGAAGCACCUCAACAACAUUGAAGAACAGAUUUUGGAGAGUCUAGCCUGGACCAGCGACUCUGCCCUAUGGAAAGCUCUACAAGCCUCAGAAAACAAGGUCCCAACCUGUGAAGAAGUAAUAUACCCAAGUAAUUUUGAAGCCGGUAAUGGAGGAAGUGGACUAGGUCACCUCCCUAUGAUGCCAGUAUCGCCUAUUGUGCAUCCCCGGGUGAAAGAGGUUCGCACAGAUCUUGGUGGAAGUUUACGACGGGACAUGCAGCCGUUGUCUCCGAUCUCUGUUCAUGAGCGCUACAGUUCUCCUACAGCUGGAAGUGCUAAGAGAAGGCUCUUUGGCGAUGACAGCCCAAAAGACAUGCAGGUAGAAAAGGUUCUCUCUGAAGGAACGAAGUUGAAAAUUGCCCCAGCUUCAAGCGUUGCUGCUGAAAAUAUCUCUCUCUCACCGGGACAGACAAUUUUGACCAUGGCAACAGCUACCGUAACAGGGACAAUGGGACAGAAAGUUACAAUCCCACUGCAUGGUAUUGCAAAUGACACUGGAGGGAUCACCUUGAUUCCCAUUUCAGUGAAUUUAUCUCAGCAGUCUAAAAUGGAGAGUCAUGGACAAGUACCUCUCACUGCUCAAGCUUUAAUUGAUGCUUCUCCAAACCAUUCCCGUAUGAAUCAAGCACAGGAAUCACAUCAGUCAACAGGAAGCAAACCAAAGAAAACUGGCUCCCUGGCACUGUUUUACAGAAAGGUGUAUCAUUUGGCAAGUGUGCGCUUGCGUGAUUUGUGCUUAAAACUGGAUGUUUCCAUUGAGUUGCGCAGGAAGAUAUGGACAUGUUUUGAGUUCACAUUAGUUCAUUGCACUGAUCUAAUGAAAGACAGACAUUUGGAUCAGCUCCUCCUUUGUGCCUUUUACAUUAUGGCAAAGGUGACCAAAGAGGAAAGAACUUUUCAGGACAUAAUGAAAAGCUACAGAAACCAGCCACAAGCAAACAGCAAUGUUUACAGGAGUGUUUUGUUGAAAAAUAGUCCCAAAGAGGUCACAUCAGAAAAUACAAAUUUAACCCAAGAUGUGGAGAUGACAGGUGGUGGUAAGUUCAUAAAGUUAGCCUGCUGUUUUAAAAUAAUAUUCAAAUGGAUUUAAAAGAACGAAUGUGUAGUAUAAAAGCCAUUAGAAUAGCAAAGAGGAAACAUUUAAUUUUAUCAUAAACUGAUUAAAAAGCAACAGUAUUGAAAUAAGGAGGCAGACACUGAUAGAUGCAGUGUAGGCUAGGACAUGGGAAAUGCAUUUCACAAUCAGAACAAAUAGGAUAGAACUUCACAUCUUUAAGAAUCCCUAUUUUUAAAUUAGGUUGGUUGAACAGUAAUUUUUUUUAAAUGAGCAGCUGAUGAUGAUUCUGUAUAAUUGUAGCUCUCUUGAGACAACACUUAAUAAAUGGAAAGAGAGUGAGUGAUGGCAUAUUCUCAAGAAUAUUCAAUCAAGACUGAUUCGAAACAUCUUUUUAAAAUGUCGGAAGGUAGAUUGGU